UUUGAUUCUCGAGGACAUUAUACAAUUUGGUGGUCGAUCACACGCUGAGCUUAGCAUGCGCCGAUUAACUUGAUGUCUGUUUGAUGGACUACAGCGUAAUUCAUUAAGCUCUAAUGAGACGAAAUCAUAGAGCGAUUAAAGCGAUGGCACGACCGUUUAACGCAUUUCCGGUCACUCUUACCGGGCAUUGUUUGAGCUCGGUUGCAGUAGCAGUGUUCAGCGCCUUUCAAAAGUUGCCAUUCGGCGGUAUCUCACGCAACGAAAUAAACCCGUUCAUUAUUUGAUUUCAACAAAUUUGUUUUAAUAAAGCAGCUCCGUGUUCUAGUCAAGUAUGAUGGAUGACUGCAUGUAAAACAAAGGGUCAACGGGAAUUGUUAUUGAUGCGGCUCUUCUGAAGUGCUACCCACCCCUGGCGCCUCGGAGUCGACCCAUUGAAUGCGUUCGCUGUACUGUUUGAAAACACGGCAGAGCAAAACAAAAAAGAUCGAUCAGCUUUUGUUUAACAUAGACCAACUACGCGUGGCUCGGUACGAUCGUAUUUACCUCAGCAAUUUCAGAAAUGCAUUAUCAGAGAAAUGGCAUACACGAAUUGGCUCUUCUUACUCAUUCAUUUGUCAAAAAAAAAGAAAAUAAAACUAUUUUUGCAUCUUGUACAAUGGUGUUUUAGUUUUGUAGGGUUCUCUUUACUAACAUUUUUGUCUUAUUUCAGUUAGACUUGACUGCCUAAUCUCUGCGGGCAUGUUUUAACCACGCUAGCAGUAUUAAAUUCCAGUAAUUUAUUGUCACUCCAACACACUCAAGCUCAAUUCGGAGAUGGUUUUCUCUUCUUGUAAAUUCAUCCUGUCUCUUUUAUUUUAUUCUUUUUCGGAAAACAUUUCAUACAUGUCGGCGGCAUUCAUGAAUUCUCUUAUCACAUUGCUUUUCGCACAUUAUUAACGGCCAUUCUCAGUAUUUCCAGGCCGCUGUUGCCUUCAGACAGCCGAAAAUGCCGCCACACUUACAUGGAGUCAGAAAGGAAACGUCGUGUCUUGCCCAAGAUGGUCUUGCUUGUGUUAUUAUUAACGUUUCCCAUCGUACGCCGGGGACAGUUUGUACGUUUUCUUUCUACGCACGUGUUUCUGCCCCCUGCGCACACUGUAAUUUUUUUCCGCUGGAAGAGAAAAAUUAGCCCCAUUUGUUCUAAUUACCACAAGUGUGUUCAGGAGAUUCGGGUAAUUUAUAUUACAAACAACUCUUACUGAAGUGUCACUUGAAAAAAGCUGCCUGCAAGCGCUAUAAAGUGACUAGUGAUUUAUGAAUCACAAGCUAUAGAAGAAAAGGCAAAAAUAUUUCUACGACAACACGGUUAUAGUCUCAACUGAUUGAACAUUUAAUAAACUUGCUAUUUGUCUAGUUGAGGCAUCUGAGAUCCAUAUCUACACUUAUUAAUAAUAAUUUCAGCUACUAAAGCAGAACGUUUUUUGUUCUGUUUCGCGAGUUUUGCACGUGCCUACAUGUAGAACAUUUUUUUGGUUUCCGCUGGUUGUGUAAGUGCGUCUCCUCAUAUUCUCCAGUCAAUACAGCUCUUGUUAGCAGCCCGCUGUGACGACGACAAAACCCUGCUAGAGAACGAUCAGUCACAGAUGUUUGCUGUGGAGAAAUCAUUCACGUUGAAUACGAAAGUUAUUAACCGCACGAAUGGUUAAAAUAAGCAAAUCCUUGACAUAUAUCUGGUUUACAAGGUCGGAGCAAGUGCCGCUAAAAAUAGGAUGAUUUGCUAUUUCAAUCCAUAUUUUUUUAAAUUAUGAUGUGUUAAAAUUUCUACCCCCUUUGUGUAAACGGUGGGAAUUCAGCCAGUUUGCCUCCAGGUCUCGCUACAGUGUGAAACCCGCGAAUUUAUCGCUAAAUUAAAAGAUAAGGAACUUGUUAUAUUAAAUCCUUUUGAAGACAAAGAUUUGGUUUUUGUUUUCCACGCCUUAAUAUUUUAUCUACAACGAGAUGAAAUGGACGCUUUUAAUUAAAUUUAUCACCCGGUUGUCUUGGCUGGUUCACUCACUCGCACGCGCCGUAUAACAGGCGCCAGCAGUUUACCGAGUUAGCAGUGCGAUGACGUAGUGUAUUUGUUGACUAGCCAAUCAUGAAAUUAAUCUACCUAUCUAAUUAUAGCGCUGAAUUAUGACUAGUGCGAGAGAAUAUUGAUCUCGACAGCCUGGUGCCUCUCUCAUUUGUAGCUUGAGCCAGUGUUCCGUUGAUUACGGUUUUCAAACGCGUGUCUAACAUGGACUGUUUUUAUCAAGCAAAUCAGAGAAUUCGCCCGCCUUCCUACUUCAAUUCUCCACCUAUAAUGUACGGUUAUGGAGUUCCAUCGUACUAUUCCCCACCGUUUUUCCCGCUGGGCCGUAACUCUGAGAUUCACAUGCCGCCAGGGGCUUCUACAAGCCCUCCUUUGAGAGCUGCAAACCCAGUGACGAACUCGGAAAACCGUACAAGCCCUGUUUCGACAGCGUCUCAAAGCCCUCCUGAAUCACCGAGCGAAAGUUCCACUCACGAAACAAACGAGCUUAGCGAUGAGCCCUGCCAAUCUGGAAAGGAUGCUAGCGAGUCAGAAGAUAAAACAGACGAAGAAGAGGAUAAAGAUGUCCCCUGGCACUACAAACAGCCUUUCAAGCAUCGAAGACGAGUUGCUUACAAGCGAAAUCAAAUUUUGGAAUUAGAAAAAGAAUUUCACUUCACACGGUACCUCACGAAGGAAAGACGCACAGAAAUGGCAACAAUGCUACAACUCUCCGAGCGACAAAUCAAAAUUUGGUUCCAAAAUCGACGAAUGAAGUGGAAAAAAGACAACAAGCCGGUAAUACCGACAAGUAGAGGAAUGCGGCGAGGCUGCACAAGAUAGAUGUGUUACAAAUGUUUUGAGAUUAUCAAUUACAAUUGUCGUAAAUCCUUUUAGUACAGACUUGAAGGUGUAUAAAAAUUUCUCUUUCCCGUUUGUCGGGCGAAUAGAGUGUUACGCAGCCACCUAAGUGUUACAAAUUACGUUCAAUUUUCAUUCCACCACAUGUACGGGGUCUUGUCAAGUCUUUGUCGGUUCGCAUUCAUUGACUGUCAGUCCAAGGGAUCAGUGAGCCAACGCGAGCGUAUCGGACACAGGCGUUGAAAAAGAAAUUUGUGAAAUUGUAAAUAAAACAUGAAGUCUUGUUCACAGUUUCAGUCAGACGUCCGUAGACCGGUUAUAGAUGAGGUGUUAAGCCGAUUCGUCCAAACAGAGACAACGAGGCUCUGGCACUUCAAUCUUUGUUCCAGUGCUUUGUUUUUCAAACGUUAAUGUUAUCUUAAACUAAAGCAUUGUGAACUCAACUAUACGCUUCGUCUCUCUUUCUGUGUCAUUGCACUUUAACAGUUUAAGACAUAUUCGUUUUUUAUCGAGUGCUAUUGUAAAGCGACAUUUAAUAAUUCAAUACUGAAAGAGUUCUGUACUUUUUCUCCUGUACAUCUGUUUAGACGCGGAUUAAAAUCUCCAGCAAUUAAAAGUACUAUACUCUAAACUCCAUUUAUCGACAUUCGUAUAAACCAUAUGUAGAAUAUUUAAAUGGUUUGUGUAAAAUGUUUUUAUGCCAGUAGCAAUAAAACCAUUUUUCAAAGCUCUCCAUUUGUCGUAAUAAUUUUGUAGUGAAACUUUUCUCAUCCACGAUUUAUUCUACAGUCGAGUGUGUUAAUAUGUACAGUUUCCUGUGUACAAGAUGUUCUUGUUGUUUGCCACUAAAAACUGCAACUGACGUCCUUUAAGUAAUGUUAACUCAUACUCAUUUAUUCAAGAAAGCAACGCGAAAUUCCCUGACCGCCGAUAGGAGUUUCCAUAACUAUAGCGAGUGUUUCUUUGAGCUCACCAGCACGCUUUCAUUUCCCCAACUGAAAUUAAGCUGUAGUUCUUUAAAUUCUACACGCUAGAUACAGUUGCUGCUAGUAGAAAUAUCUUAUCUGUCGUUUUCUUAAUAUAUGCGAUUUCAAACCAAUUUCUAUUGAAAGUAUUAAAGUCUCCUUGCAAAUGAUCGUAGCGACGCUGGGGGCAACUGUUAUGUUGUUGAACGAGCUUUUCAAGGGUCACUGAAUGGCAAAUUUAUUGUGAAGUUAUCUGUUUGAUUAAGCAAAUUAUUAAAUAAAAACAAUUAAUACUGAAAAUACACUUUUAUGCCUUCAAGGCUAAAGUGCAAAUUUGCAUGAGUUAUGGCGAUAAAGAUCGCUAGUUGUUUUAAUCACAGAGGCCGAGAAAUAGUCUACGGCAUUCGCCAUGUUAAACAUGUUUGAGUCUCACUGAGUCACUCUAGUGAAACUAAACUUUGAAAAAUGUCCAUAACUUUAGCCGGCUUUUUGCUCAAUAUUUCUAAAACCUAAACAACGUUUUGUUCAAUAUGACAUAACAUAUGGAUAGCUUAAUUGUUUUGGAUAUGACAAUUUCGACCUUUUGUUGAAUCCACCAUUUGAACUGUGUUGAAAAUUGAAGCUACUUCUGUGUUGAAAACAGUUGAAAACAACGUGUACUGAAGUAAAUAUUUGUAUAUGUGUUUCGAGGAUAGAUAAACCUCUCUUCUUUUUUCUAUCACAACAUGUGGCGACAUAAUUUGAACAGUUAACUUCGAUAGAGCUCUUGAAUUUAAUUUCAUGAGCUCUCCAAGAAGAUACGGCAGAAUACCGAAUGAACUGCAACAAACAAUUGCGGAAUACAUAUAUUCUGCUCGUUCACAAACUGGAGCCAGUGAAAGUUUUAACUAUAAAAAUUGCAAAUUAAGACCCUCGUAUAUUCCUUUUGUCCCUCCAUGAUUAACAAUUCGAUUUUUAAGAUACUGAAUGCUGCUGACAAGUAGAGAGAACAAAUUUUUAAUUACGCCAUUAGCCUUCUGCGACAUUCGUGUUCUAGUGGCUCGGCUGUUGCGGAGGCUUUGCCCUUCGCUCAUUAAAUGUUUCCAAUCUUUUCUGUUUUUCACAGAUUGAACGGCAAAGAAUUCUAGUUUAAAAAAGCCCACUUCUUCUCGAUACUCUGUGUGUAAUAACCCAAACUACAACUCUAGCAUGAAAUAUGCAAUUCAAAUGGCCAUAAAGAUAACUUGAGACUAUUUUGGUGCAAUUUUCGAGGGUCGCUUCAUAUGACAGGUUUUGUGUUUCGAAAUGUCGCAACAUUUCGUUGCUGCAGUUGUAACCAGCAGCAGAGAAGGGAAAAGUUGUUUUUUCUUUGCCACUCUUAAACGAUUAACAGCUUUUUCACCAAAGUUAAUUGUGCGUAUAAACAGAAUCUCUUGCUAGGUGUGAAAAAUGUCAACUUUGCUAAAGAGCUUGGUCUCCAGCAGUCGAUAUUACUUCGAGUUCAAUCUCCCGAUUUUCUCGCACAAAAUGUCCGUAUGAUCACCACGAUAGCAAAGGUAAGAUCUAAGAUACCCUCAAAGAGUUUAACCGAACUCCAGACAACGAAUUAUUGAAAUACGAAUAGAAUUUCGUUUGAUGCAGUCAAGAGGCUUCCUGGGGUUUCAACCUAUUAGCCAUGUUGUCGAUUUCCUUUGUCAAACCACAGUGUACAAGUUCAAAAGCCUUUCUGCUCUAGAUUUAAACAGACGUGGAAGAUACUAUAACAACACAAAAGGAAGAAAAAGCUAUCGUAAUGUACGGAAAAUAUUGACAACUUUACGGACGGCAAAAAUGAACGAGGACUAGAGCACAUUUUUACAAGUAGUUAGUUUACAAGCCUCACAUUUGCCUGUGAACUGAAUGAUUUCAUUGUACAAAGUGUUUCUCUCGAGAUAUUCGUUAUGCUGCAGGAAUUUUAAUUUAUGACAUAGUUCUAUUGCAUCAUUCAAAAGCGCUGAAGUUAUGAAACGUUUUCUAACGGGAUUCCGUGAUUUCUCUUCUCUUAGUACUGGCAGACAAAAUGGCCGCUAGUUCUUCCUCAAUCUUCUCAACCGUUCUUCGUGUGCAUUCACAAUAAACAUUUUUUCGAACCACAUUUCACAAAACUUCUUUCAGCAAAAUUGAAACAGCUAAACCUCAAGAGGAAAAUAAUUAGUUUAAUUUAAUAGCAUGAACGUGCAUGAACGAUAAACAGUAUAUACAUUGAAGAAGAAUUUUUUCCAGUGGUUAAGGAAAUCUGAUAAACGCCACGCCCAGACCUUGGUUAGAUGGAAUUACAAGGUGUCGUCUGAAGUAAGGGUCGUGAUUCAUAACGAAAAAGCGAGGAAAUUAUAGUUACCCAGCCAUACAACGUGAACUAUAGCACAGCCAGUACAAGGGAAAUCAUUCUUCCCAUUGUUCGUAAAUAUGAUAAAAUAAUACCUUCA